AUGAAAUGUGCUACAUCCAUGCAAUAUUUUUUGUCUAUUUCAGUUGUGUCUUUAGUAGCAAGUGUAUUGUCACUCACACUAAUCGCCUACGAUCGAUUCUUCGGAAUUGUGUUCGCUAUGAAGGCCCACAUGUCAGAAAGAAAAGCCAAGACUUCGUUGUUAAUCAUAUGGUUAAUAUCCAGCAUUGUUGGUAGUCCAAUAUUGAUGUACCGUCGACUUAAAGAGAGAGAAUGGGCAGACCAUACCGAACAGUGGUGCGACGACGAAUGGCCUGUCUACGUCUACUACGACAAUAACGCAACAGUUACAACUAUGCCACUCAGAAAGGCCUACUACACGUCAGUGACGGUCGUGUUGUAUUUUAUACCAAUGUUGAUUAUGAUUGUUGCCUAUUCGGUGAUAAUUUGGACCUUAAAAACCCAGACGACGCCAGGCGAACACGUACCUGGUGGAAACCGCAACCAACAGAGAGCUAGACGAAAGGUUUUGAUGAUGUUGAUAUUAGCAAGGUUGAAAUAUUUAUUUCAGGUUUUGAUCAUAUUGAUAUUAACAAGGUUGAAAUAUUUAUUUCAGGUUUUGAUGAUGUUGAUAUUAGCAAGGUUGAAAUAUUUAUUUCAGGUUUUGAUAAUGUUGAUAUCUAUUGUUAUAGUAUUUGCUAUUUGUUGGUUACCUACUCAGAUAUGCUUACUAUACACGGAACAUAGAACACAGAGAACAUCGUUAGAUGACUGGUACUUUAAACUGGAUUUCUGUGCAAGAUACCUAGCUUAUUCCAACAGUGCUGUUAAUCCUAUUCUUUAUGCUGGCUUUAAUGAGAACUUUAAAAGAGUCGUUGAUGCCCAUGAUCGUAUUCAAGAUACAGUCAUUGAUGCCCAUGAUAGUAUUCAAGAUGCAGUUAUUGAUGCCCAUGAUCGUAUUCAAGAUGCAGUCGUUGAAAACACACUUGCUUCCAGAUUCUGGUAG